GAAACGAACGCUAUUGCUGCACUUCUCCCACCGCCGAAAUAAUUAUAGUGGCCCAAAAGAAAUAUAUAGUACAAGUGCAGUUGCGAGCUCUUUGUUUUUGUUAUUAUUCCGUCAAAGUGGCCGUCUGCUCCGUGUGCGGGUGUUCGGGUGUGCGCGCUCUUCUGUGAUAAGCAGUGUACUUAAUAAAUCAGUAACUUGUUGACAAUUAGUAAUGAUUGUGAGUGGAUCAGGUGCCCGCUGAGAGACCAUUCAUUUAACAAUCCAUCUGUAUAUAUUUAGCAAUGUGCUGCUGCAACGAAUUCUGUACAAAAGUCGGAUAGCUCCUUCUCAACCAUUGGCCAUUGCCACUCUUUGCAGCGCUGCCCACUGCACUAUAGCUGCAAGCUGCAUCAGGCAGCAGCGCUGCAGCAGCAGCAGAAGCAGAAGCAGCGUAUAUACGCACUUCCAGUGAGGGUCCAAACCGCAAGGAGAGGCAAUCCUUGGAACCAGAAUUAGAGGCAAGCGAUAAACCGGAGCAGCCCUAACCAUGAAGUUUGCCGAGCAUCUGUCGGCGCACAUAACGCCCGAGUGGCGCAAGCAGUACAUCAACUAUGAGGAAAUGAAGGCAAUGCUGUACUUGGCCGUCGAGGAGGCCCCGUCGGUGGAGAGUGUUGAGGAUGAUGUGCUGAAGCGUCACUUUGCCAACUUCGAUGAGAACUUCUUCCACUACUGCGACAAGGAGCUAAAGAAGAUCAACACCUUCUAUUCGGAAAAGCUGGCGGAGGCCACACGCAAGUUUGCCAAUCUGAAUGCUGAGCUGAAGACCUGCAUCGAGGAGUCCGAGCGGAGUGCGAAAAAGUCAAAGGGACAGAAGCGUCUGGCCGCCCUGCCCGAUCGCAAGGCGCGCGAACUGAAGUUGGCCUUCAGCGAGUUCUACCUGAGUCUCAUUCUUCUGCAGAACUAUCAGAAUCUGAAUCACACUGGAUUCCGUAAAAUACUCAAGAAGCAUGACAAGCUUUUGCGCGUUGACACCGGCGCCAAGUGGCGACAGGAGUACGUGGAGGCAUCGCAUUUCUUCACCAACAAAGACAUCGACAACAUUAUCAAUGAGACGGAGACGACGGUGACGGGUGAACUGGAGGGUGGAGAUCGACAGCGGGCGAUGAAGCGGCUGCGCGUGCCACCGCUGGGGGAGCAGCAGAGUCCGUGGACCACCUUCAAGGUGGGCCUCUUCUCCGGCAGCUUCAUUGUGCUGGGCAUUGUGGUGGUGCUCUCGGCCAUUUUCCACGAGAUCAGCGGGGAGAACCUGAAGGUUACGUUCCGCCUCUAUCGCGGCCCCCUGCUGAUCAUCGAGUUCAUCUUUCUGAUUGGUGUAAAUAUCUACGGCUGGCGUUCGUCCGGCGUCAACCAUGUGCUCAUUUUCGAACUGGAUCCGCGCAAUCAUCUGUCCGAGCAGCAUCUCAUGGAGCUGGCGGCCAUCUUCGGUGUGGUGUGGACGCUCAGCAUGCUGAGCUUCCUGUACAGCGCCAGCCUGGCCAUUCCGGCGUUUAUCAAUCCCCUGACGCUCACCCUGAUUAUGGUGCUCUUUCUGGCCAAUCCGUUCCAUGUGCUGCACCACGAUGCCCGCUUCUGGCUGUGGCGCAUCACCGGACGCUGCAUCUCGGCGCCAUUCUUUCACGUGGGCUUCGCCGAUUUCUGGCUGGGCGAUCAGCUCAACUCUCUGGCCACUGCCAUACUGGACUUUGAGUACCUCAUUUGCUUCUACUUCACCAACGGCAACUGGACGGAGGCCAAGGAUGCCUCCAUCUGCAUGGAGCAGGACUAUAUCAUCCGGCCGAUUGUCAACUGUCUGCCGGCAUGGUUCCGUUUCGCCCAAUGCCUGCGACGGUAUCGCGACUCGCGUGAGGCCUUUCCCCAUUUGGUAAAUGCCGGCAAAUACUCGACCACGUUCCUCGUCGUGAUCUUUGCCACCCUCAAGUCGUUCCACAGUCAGAACUAUGCCAGCACAUUCGAUAAUCCGUAUACGUGGCUCUGGAUUAUCGCCUCGAUAGUGUCCUCCUGCUAUGCCUACACGUGGGACAUCAAGAUGGAUUGGGGCCUGUUCGAUAAAAAUGCCGGCGAGAAUACGUUUCUGCGCGAAGAGGUCGUCUACUCAUCGACGGGUUUCUACUAUUUUGCAAUUAUUGAGGAUCUUGCCCUGCGCUUCAUUUGGGUGCUUUCCUUUUAUCUGACGGAGAUGAAGAUCGUUAGCGGAGACAUUAUGACCUCCAUAACGGGCAUCCUUGAGGUCUUUCGUCGCUUUGUGUGGAACUUCUUUCGACUGGAGAACGAGCAUCUGAACAAUUGCGGCAAGUUCCGAGCGGUGCGUGACAUUUCGAUUGCGCCGCUCGACUCCUCCGAUCAGGCGCUCAUCCUACGGAUGAUGGACGAAACGGAUGGUGUGAUCAAUCGCUACACAAAGACGAACCGACCCAAGCCAAAGAAGAUCAAGGAUCCGGAGAAGCGCAGUCUGUUGCAGCCACGCGGCUCCAUGCCCGAUCUUCGUAUAGAUAUUGAUAGCAAAAAGUUAUAGGCAGACCUACGCCAACGCCUCGAUCAAGUUGUGCUUCCCAUUGAGCGUUUAAUGAGAGAUUGGUGUCACGACUCGGCCCUACCGAUAAUGCUUAUAAUAUUAUCGACCUUUUUUUUGUUCAUCUUUUUUUUGUGCCCAUUGUUUAGCUAAUUUGUACUAUACAUUACUAUAUUUAACUUACUAGUUACGUUAAGUGUACUUAAACGGAAAGGAAAGGAAACUGAAACUGAAACUUAAGCGCAAAACACGCGACAGACAGAGAAAGAGCACGAGAGAGUGAGUGAGUGAGAGAGAGCGAUAUGUCCAGCAAUAACUAGCUUAUAAGAGAAACCAACUAAUUAAGCAUUCCAUUUAUCCGUUGAAAAACUAACGAAAGAACCUCCUGUAUCCCAUUCUAUACUAUCCAUUCCCAAUUUUUCACAAUAUUAAGCCACAAUUUCGGAGCAGCCAGGAGAUGCGAAAGAUGCGGCAGUAUUAGUACUUAGAAAAGGCGAACAAAAAUGUAACAGUCCCUGAUGAACUCCCCCCUCCAUUUAACAGACAUUCCUUUAUUAAUCACGAUAUAUUUUAUAUCGUUUAUUGUUUAUCGUUAGUCAAAUUUAGUUAUCUCUUAAUCCGUUAUCUGUUAUCUGUCCUAUUCCCCCAUUGUUUCGAUUGAUGUACCCCUGCCAAAAAGGAAUAUUUUGUGUAUAUCGGCAGAGCCUGUGUGUGUGUGUGUGUAUGUUCUUUUCGAAUGUUUCUGUAUGAGAGAUGGAAUGGUGGAUCUAGCUAGUGGUAGCUCUCCCAUGGGCUUUUCUUUUGUUUAAUAACAAACAGACUUGAGAACGUG